AUAAAGUUUUUUUUAUCAAUUGAGAACUCGUCUCUGCAGAAACCAGUGGUUAGGAGUUGUUUGAUUCGUUUCUGUGCCUCAUGCACAUUUUUUUUUUAUGUUCUCAUUAUCUAUGCUCCACCUGUGAGUGGGAGUGGAGUAGGUUAUGUUUUACCGAGAAACGGAAACAUUUGGGCAGCAGCAGAGAGCCAUAUUUCUUUACACACUCGCACGCGCGCUCAGUGCUGAAGGGACCUCCUUUUAAGUUCUUCACAGCUCACGGAAACGGAUAAAAAAAGACAUGGCCCUCCACCAGCAGCCAACCCAGGUGGUGACAGUGAUGAGCACUUCCCACAGCCCUGGCACAUGGAGCACUGGCCUCUGCGAUUGCUGCAGUGACAUGGGAACCUGUUGCUGCGGUCUUUGGUGCUUCCCCUGCAUGCAGUGUCAGACUGCCGGGGACCACGGCUGGUGCUGCUGCAUGCCACUCCUGGACUUCUGCUGUGUGGUGUCCUGCUUACUCCGCUCCUCCAUUAGAGAGCGCCACAACAUCCCUGGCUCGUGCUGUGACGACUUCUGCAAGAUAUACUGGUGUUACCCGUGCGUCUGGUGCCAGAUGAAUCGCGAGCUGAAGAUCAGAGGCAACCAGGGAGGGAACGGCAGAGUGGUCACCACACAGAUCAUCAGUGGAUAGGACACAAGACAUGUUUUCAUGUGCCGAUACAAAGCUGUAUACUUAACUGCAGCAGCAUUCCAUGUCCACCAAGUUCAGUAGUUCAGUGGUGAUGUUCCAUUUUUAAGACUCUUUUACAGACUUAAUGUUGCUAUUCAAAGCUUGAUAAUCACUUUUAAAUCCACUUAAAUUGUUGACAGUUUAGUUUUGUCAUAUUAACAAAAAAAAAUAUUACAUUGUUCUGUCAAGCAGCUGAAACUCAGAUCACAAACGUUUUGCUGUUUUUUCACUUUUCUCACCUUGUGAAAAUGUAUUAAAAUGGUUAAAAGUUUU